AUGACUGAAGCGUCGACUAACGGAGCCAUCCAAAAUGUUCAUGCUAUGGCAGAUGAUUACAAUAGAUGUUUCCCAGCUUUCGACAUCCCUAGACUCCAAAUUGAAUCACUUGGACUCCCAUAUUAUCGACACUGUGGUCAAGACAAUGCGCGGCUUGGUCUUUUCGAUCCCUUUGGAGCUGUACCUCCUGCUAAUGCCCUUUUACCUGUGACAUUGGCGAGUCCAGUAACUUCAACUUCAAUACCAGCAAGUACAGCUCAAUCGUUCUCACCAAAUCAACCAUCGAAGACCGCCACUGGGAAUGUACUAUUUCCUAGUACUUCUACUUCUGCUACUCAAGUACAAGUAUCCAGCUCAGCACCUCCAGACACUAUUGUUCCUAGUAUCGAAGUAUCAUCGUCCAAUGUACUCUCAACUGUUAUCCUAGCCGUUCAAGAUCCAAACACCAUUGUUAAUAGUCCACAGCAUGUAUCAUCAGCAGCUAUCCCUCUCGCAAAUACUCCCAUUCCAAUCGUAACGAUCGCUUUCUCAACCAUCUCCGCAGUUCCUGGUGACUCAACAAUACUCGUAGCAGGUCAAACUGCCUCACUGGGCGGAGCUGCAAUAACCAUAUCUUCUUCUCUCAUCCAACUCACGCCUUCUGUUCUCGUUAUCGGAAACGCAAAAGGUGAUUUAUCUCAAUCAAGCGUUUACAUCAUCCCGACACCCGCAGUCGCCAGUUCCGCAGAAACCCCAAAUCAACUCGCCACUCUUGCCGACGCAAAAGUCAUUUCCGUAAUUCCAGGUGCAUGGACUCUUAUCGUGGCUGGUCAAAUCAUUACCUCUGGCGCCCCAGCUAUCAAUCCGGUUGCUAGAUUCGGAGGACAGAUAAUCUCCGCAACAGCCUCUGCAUCAACCCUACUCCUUGGCUCUCAAACCAUUUCUCUCAUUGGCCCAGCCAUAACCCUCUCCAAUUCCGUCAUAUCUACACUUGGUGCCGCGGGAUUAAUCGUCCAAUACUCUGAGGGCAUCGUAUCCACCUUCCCUCUUCCCACCUCGACUCCUUCUGUAUCGGGCAAUUCCAUCACUGAAAUCCGAACUAGUGAGAUAAUCGUCUAUAGUUCCGAUAGAGCCGUAAUUACUUACUACACUACCUUGACACAUAGGAUAAGUGUAGAAGGUAGUGGUAGUGUUAGUUCUAGUUCUAGUACAUCCAACGAACCGGGCAUUCUAGCUAUCCAAACCGUGAAUGGGAAUGGAGAAGGGGAUGCGGAUGCGAGCUCGACUCCUACGGAAAGUGCGGGUGCGAAUGCUAUUACAAGUAUUGUGUUUAAUGGCGGUGUAGAUAAUUUAAAGAGGAUCGGGAGUUUGUUCAAUGGAUUGAGGGGCUUGGGAUUGCUAGGAGUUUGGGGGUUGGUGACGAUGAUGGGGUUGUGA